AUGGAAAGUUUUGAUAUUCUGAUAGCCUUUGUAACAUGUCUUGUUUGUUGUUUGUGGUGGAAACGUCAUUCCAUCGGUUCUGGUGGGAAGAAAAACCUCCCACCAGGACCACCAGGUUGGCCGAUUGUUGGCAAUCUGGUCCAAGUCAUCCUUCAAAAACGUCCAUUCAUGUAUGUCGUACGUGACUUACGCACAAAGUAUGGUCCGAUUUUUACUAUGAAAAUGGGCCAACGUACCUUAAUUAUUGUUACAAGCUCCGACCUCAUUCAUGAAGCCUUGGUCCAAAAGGGUCCGAUUUUUGCUAGCCGACCACCUGAUUCCCCUAUCCGACUAUUGUUUAGUGUAGGAAAAUGUGCCAUCAACUCUGCUCCAUAUGGUUCGCUCUGGCGGACCCUUAGAAGAAACUUUGUAACAGAGUUGAUAAACCCAACACGGAUCCGACAAUGUAGCUGGAUCCGAAAAUGGGCUUUUGAAGAGCACAUGAAAAUGUUAAAACAUGAAAAUUCCAAAAAUGGUUUUGUUGAAGUGAUGAGUACUUGUAGACUAACAAUAUGUAGCAUUUUGAUUUGUUUAUGUUUUGGUGCAAGAAUUUCAAAAGAAAAAAUAAAAAACAUUGAAAGCAUACUCAAAGAUGUGAUGAUGAUCACCAUGCCGAAGCUUCCGGAUUUCAUGCCGGUGCUUCUCCCACUCUUCCGCCGUCAACUGGUGGCAGCUAAAGACCUGCGACGGAGGCAGAUGGAGUGUUUGGUCCCAUUGAUAAGAGCAAGACGAGCUUUUCUUGAAAGCCGAGAAGAUAACAUGAAAAAGCCGAGUAUCAACAUACUCAAACCGGAUGGUUUGGAGAUGGUGAGCCCGGUUGGUGCUGCUUACAUUGAUUCACUUUUCAAUCUUGAACCGGCCGGUCGAGGGAGGUUAGGAGAAGAAGAGCUAGUGACUCUGGUAUCAGAAGUCAUCAACGCUGGUACGGAUACCAGCGCGACUGCUAUCGAGUGGGCAUUACUCCAUUUAGUUAUGAACCAAGAAAUCCAAGAAAAACUAUACAAAGAAAUAAUACAAAAAGUUGGAGUAAAUGGUGUGGUUCAAGAAAAUGAUGUUGAAGACAUGAUAUAUCUAUCAGCAAUUGUUAAAGAAACUUUUCGGAGACACCCUCCUAGCCACUUUGUACUAUCACAUGCUGCUAUUCAGCCAACAGAGCUCGGUGGCUACACGAUUCCACCGGACGUGAACGUCGAGUUUUACACAGCUUGGGUGACUGAAGAUCCGAAUGUCUGGGAAGCACCAGAAGAGUUUCGACCCGAGAGGUUUUUGGAAGGGGGAGAAGGGGUGGAUGUGGAUGUAACAGGAAUGAGGGGUGUGAAGAUGUUGCCGUUUGGUGCAGGCAGGAGAAUUUGUCCGGCAUGGAGUUUGGGGACGUUGCAUAUUAACAUGUUGCUUGCUCAAAUGGUUCAUGCAUUCAAAUGGGUCCCGGAUCCAAACAACCCACCCGACCCAACUGAGACAUUUGCUUUUACUGUCGUGAUGAAGAAUUCCCUUAAGGCAACUAUUUUGCCCAGACAUACAAUCUGAUCAAUCAGUGAUAUAUUAUGCAUGGCUCCGAUUUCAUCAUCAAGUUAUUAUAUGGCUACUUUAAUUUGAUUUGGGUGUUUUUUUUUUAAUCAGUAUUUAUUAUGUUAAACAGUUUGGUAA